GAUGUGCAUGGUGUGUGUUGUUGUUGUGUUGUUCAGGAAACCAAACAUACAAGCGCGCGCGCACGCGCGCAGAUAGGAGUGUAGUUGUGCUGGAACUGAAAGUGCGUCAAUAGCAGCGCUGGGUUUUUCUGCGAUAGCAUCACCAUGCAAAUAAGAGGUAGCUGUUGAUAGACGGAUGGAUUUAUUUCUAGAAGGGACAGCAGCAAGCGGUGCCAUGGAAACGUCAAAUUUUGCUCAUGUCAUCUUUCAAAAUGUGGGGAAAAGUUACCUCCCUCAUGGAGCAUUGGAGUGCCAUUACACCCUUACACAGUUCAUAAAACCACAUCCAAAGGACUGGGUCGGCAUAUUUAAGGUUGGCUGGAGCACAGCUCGUGACUACUACACGUUCCUGUGGUCACCUCUUCCAGAAAACUACACUGAGGGAACCACAGUCAACCGAUCUGUGGUCUUCCAAGGCUACUGUCCGAACGACGAUGGUGAGUUCUAUCAGUUCUGUUAUGUCACACAUAAGGGAGAGAUCCGCGGGGCCAGCACUCCAUUCCAGUUCCGUGCCAACAGCCCCACAGAAGAAGAACUGCUUACAAUGGAGGAUGAAGGUGGAUCGGAUAUCCUAGUAGUCACCACCAAGGCCAGUUACCUGGAGCAAAAGAUGGAGCAAAUUCAGCAGGAGAGGAAGGAGCUUUUGGAGAACCUGGACCUGGUGCAGAAAGAGAGAGACGAACUGAUCGAAGAGAAGGACAGUUUACAGAAAGAGUUUGAGCUGGAGCGAGAGAGCUGCGCACAGCUCAGGAAAGAUGUGCAGGAGUUGCAGCUCUCUGUACAGAGCUUACAGGAGGAGAGAGAGGAGGUGAAAAGGAGAAUGGAGGAAAGUACUGCCCGAGUGCUGCAGUUAGAGGAGGACCUGAUUGGAGUCACCCAGAAAGGCCUGCAGAAGGAGACUGAACUAGACUGCCUAAAGGAUCGAGUAAAGAAGUUAACUUUGGAGAAAGAGGCUCUUGAGUGUCAGCUGAAGAAUGAGAAAGAUGAAAAGGAGCUCUAUAAGAUACACCUGAAGAACCGGGAGCUGGAGAACACUAAGCUUAGUACCGAGCUGCAGAUGCUGAAGUCUGUGGACGUGAAUAAGGAGAACACCAUUGCUCAGCUGAAGGAGGAGCUCAGUAGAGUCAAAGCCUUCCUGGCAGAGAAAGACAAACAGCACCGCCAACUACUGGCCAACAGUUCUCCCUCGGGGGAAAGUAAGGCUCUUAAAGAACAACUGAGGCAGAAAGAGGAGCAGUUGCAGGCCACGCAACAGCAGGUGAACAUGCUGUCGGCUGAGCUGCGUGACUCGUCCAACGCCCGCGACAGAGGCAUGGCAGAGCUCUAUCGGGUCCGUCUGGAAGUGGAGUCUUUAAAGAAUGGACAAACGGAAGCACGGGCUGAGUGUAGCCGUCUGGAAAAGCAGUUGGAGGAGAUGAAAAACGCAGCCCAGCAGGAAGAGCAGUGUAAAGAGACAGAAGUGUCCGCUGUAGCAGAAUUGCAGAGAGAGGUUGAAGAUUUACGGCUUAGGCUGCAGAUGGCCGCCGAACACUACAAAGACAAAUAUAAGGAAUGCCAAAAGCUACAGAAACAAGUGAUCAAGUUUUCUGAGCAGCAAGGAGUGAAGAGAAGUCCAGGUUCUGAAUCAGCAAGUGGUCCUUUGUCUGCAAGUCCAGAGGCAUCAGCACCAGGAAGCCCAGGUACAUCCGAUGCAGUGCUCGAUGCCAUCAUCCAGGGCAGACUGAAAAGCGCCAGCAAGGAGCCAGACAAAAACGACAAAUACAGGAAAUGCAAACAGAUGCUUAAUGAGGAGAGAGAGCGCUGCAGCAUGAUAACCGACGAGCUCUCGAAGAUGGAGGUAAAGCUGAAGGAGCAGACUAAAGCGAACGAGAGCCUUCGAAUGCAGCUGGCUUCUGAGGAGGAUCGCUACAAGAGCCAGGUAGCGGAGAAGGGCCGGGAACUCAAGGAGCUGAAGGACAGUCUUGUUGCGUUGACCAAAGAAAAAGAGAAACUGGAGGGGGAGUUGCAAAGAAGCGUCAGCAGAGAGGAAGAAAGCCGAAAAAAAGAAGGCAAUCUGAACGUGCAGUCAGUUUUCCUUCAGUAUGCCCUGCCUUAUCCUCAGGAUGACCCAUCUCCCCUGCUUGUUCCCCAGCGCCCCUCUGAUCUGAUGUUUGGUAACCCCUACUCUUCUACUGACUCCAGAGAUGGAGCUGAUGGAGAGUUCUCCGAUGACCAGAUGCCCCGACUGCCCCCAGUCGGGCCCCCAUCCUGGGACAGCAACGUGGUCUGCAUACAGCCCGCUCGUAACCUCAGCCGCCCCGACGGCCUGGAGGAACCAGAGGAGCCGCAAGCCACCCAAACCGAUGACCAGCCUGCAGCCAAUGACCCCACAGAUUUCCUCAAUGAUGGACAGAUGCCAUUCUGCUUCGAGCCCAGUGGAGAGCAGCAGAAGCGCUGUCCGCUCUGCGAAGUCAUCUUCCCUCCUCACUACGACCAGUCGAAGUUUGAGGAGCACGUGGAGAGCCACUGGAAGAUUUGCCCCAUGUGCAGCGAACAGUUCCCACUCGACUGUGACCAGCAGCUGUUCGAGAAACACGUCCUCACUCACUUCGACAGCAACGUGAAUAACUUCUAAUGGAGACGGCAGAAGAUGGGCUGAAACCGUAUCACCUUUAGCUCAUUUGUGCUCAUCUGUUUAACAGUCACUGUAAACUGCAUGAUUAGCUUUUUAAGCAUCCGCCUGUAGAGAACUGAUUCUGUAUGGAGACACGAGCAAAGACUGCAUACUGUUAAUGAAUUCAAAGUGACUGAGAGGGGGAUAGGCAGUGUGUUAUGUAAGGAUUACUUCUGUGAAUAGGACCACACUUUUGUUUCGAGUUUACUUUAAACACCUCUCCAAUAUCACAGUUAGCAGUUUGGGUGGUUUAGAAUACAUGAAGGAUGACAUAAUAAAGCAUUAUUUCAUUAGAUUAAGACAGAUUUUGCCUAUAAUACUCCGCUGUAUAUGGUGAUAUAAGAGGGUGAUUCUUAUAAAAUGAUCUAUUUUAGAAUAAGCUUUUAAAGAUAAACCUUAAUAAUCCAAAAAUAAGUUAAGUCUUUUUCUUUGUCUAUUUAAAUCACUUAAUUUUAAGUACAACACGCAUGCUCAUGUUUCCUGUGCACUGAGUCACAUUAAACUUUUUGUUCGUUUUCUUUAGGUAAAUAAAUAUGGUCUCAUCUUGUGUGCCUGUGUAUUAUAUAGCAACUCUAAACCAAUAAAGUUAAUUUGAAGCAA